AUGCGAGAAGAGUUCAGCACUCUCUUCCCUCUGUGUACACACGAACUAGCGCUAUCCACUAGGUUAGGAGCGGAAGCGAGAGAAAAACUCACUUUGCAAGAAAAGCUCGCUUACGCCGGGAUUCGAACCCCUAACCUGACCUCUAGAAUAGGGGUAGGGUGGGCAUUGUGCGCACGCGUCCUGCCCCUGGGUGCCCCCGAGAAAAGUGUGAUGCGCGGGCGGGUUGAGCUCCCCAAGGCGAGGUCCAUUCUUCUUAUCAUGGACAACUUGCACGCGCAGACUAUAGACGAGUUCAAGGAGUAUCUUGCGAAGCACUGCAGCAACACUCUCGCCUGGUAUGGCUCUUCGGAGUGCACGGACGAGGUGUUGAUGCAGGAGCCGGACGAUUUCUCAAGGUGGAAGUCGGGAGGCAGAUGGACAUAUGGCUCGAUCGAGCAGUCGGACAACCUCGAGAGGUGGGAAACCGCGUCACUGACAGCUUCUGAUCGGCGCGUCCUGAUCACUCAGUGGAUGGGAGCAGCCAUGGCAAGACUCAACAGUCAACGGGCGUACCGAUACCGUCUUUUCGAAAAGUGCAGGAUGGCCAUGACCGUGGACGGCCGGGCGAUGAUCGAAUCACCUUGGAGGGUUUGGACAAGCCGUAUACCUUCGCUAACGAUGAAGACAGUAUCGACGACGAACAAGGUUCGGAGAACGGCAACGAUGAGGCUGAGGGGCGGGCGGAGGAGGGCGAUGGAGGACGUGAGACGCUCAUGGAGGGCGUUGACUCCAGCGAUGAAGACGACGGCGGCGGUUCAGGUUGGGUUUGGCGACGUGACACCCUAA